AUUGGAGGAGAGCAAUUGUACCUAUAUAUAUUAUAUUACAAAUGUUAACAAAAGAAUGUCUAUCACAUGGCAGACUGAUGGAUCCUCCAGCCAGAAAUGCAAUGUGGAGGUUUGGAUAUCCAAAUCCGGUCAAUUACAAUGACAACGAACUAUUUUGUGGAGGCUACGCAGUGCAGUGGGACAAAAACGAAGGCAAAUGUGGUUUAUGUGGAGACCCUUACCAUGUUGAAAAGCCGAGACCUCAUGAAGCUGGUGGAGAAUUUGCUAGAGGAGUUAUUGCUAGAAGAUACGUGAUGGGCCAAAAAAUCGAAAUCGAAGUGGAACUAACAGCCAACCAUUGGGGCACUUUUGUUUUGAAAUUGUGUCCGACGAAUCAUCAUAAAAUUGAAGCCACCCAGGAAUGUCUGGACGGUUAUCCUUUAUACGUUGCCGGUACCAAGAAACAUUUUGUGAUACCCCGAGAUUCUAAUAAGAAGGAUGUGUUCAAGUAUCAUGUCUCCUUGCCAAAGGACCUCACGUGUACCCAUUGUGUUUUGCAAUGGACUUAUCACACAGGUAACAUGUGGGGCCAAUGCGCCAACGGCACCGAAGCCGUCGGUUGCGGCAAAGCAGAAACCUUCAGAAACUGCGCCGACGUUUCCAUAGUCUCCAACGCAGGAGGCGGCAGGCCUCCAACCUCCCUGCUCUACAAUCGCCUGGCUCAAUUCCUGAAUCAACAAGCUCCUUAUUUGUUGUACUACCAGGAUGUCAGGGAGCCUGAAAAUGUUUAUCCAGUCGUAGUAAGAGAUCAAGUAUGUCUAGCCAAAGGUCUGUUCAAAAAAUCACCUUACAUGGAUCAAUGGUGCCAAACAAACUGCCUUAGUUAUCCACCGAAUUGUCCACAAGUCAUAUGUCAUUGUCCGCAAACUUGUGAUGCAAUAGGAGAUCUAAAAGACCGUGAAGGGGCAGAUGUGUAUUGCCAAGACCUCUGUAUCAAAUAUCCAUCGAAAUGUCCAGAACACAGAUGUUCUUGUUAUUAA